UGAAUCCAGCUGUUGUGGAAGUGCUCGGAGGGGGCCCGUCAAUUUGCAUUGCUAAAUAAUAAUGUGUAGAGCCGGCGGAGCAGUCCAUUUUGAAAACGACCUGGUCCAUGCACCGAAGCUCCAGCUCGGAUCACACACUGCGCUUCAUGCGAACGAAUUGGUGUCCGCGUUUGCGUAAAGACGCAUAGUUUGGAGCGCAGAGAAAAUAUCCUUGCGGAUAGAAAAGGGACAGUUUACGGGCAUCUUUACAUCUUUGAAACGUGACACGAUGUUUUUUGUAAUACUCGGCUUCAGGUUAUGCUCUUCAGUAAGGAUGUUGGCGGCGCUGGUGUCUAUUCUGCUCUGUGUCCGACCUGGGCACGGACAGGGCUGCACAGAAGGUUUUGCAUAUGACCGCAGGGCAAGGCAGUGUAUAGAUGUGGACGAGUGCCGGACGCUGCCAGAUGCUUGCCGGGGAGACAUGCGCUGUGUGAACCAGAAUGGAGGCUACCUGUGCAUCCCGAGGACCUUGUACAACCAACCGUACAGACCAGAGACCCCGGUCCUGCCCGAGCCAGUUUACCCAGACACAUCGGUUGGAUUUCCAGACACUUUCCCUGCUGCUGCUCCCAGAUCUGUGGAGCCCAGCUACCCCAGGGUGAGGGGCACUGCGCAAUGCCUGCUGGGAUACACUGCUGCAGAGGAUGGCAGCUGUAAUGAUAUUGAUGAAUGUGAGACCAACUCUCAUCACUGUAACCCCACGCAGGUGUGCAUCAACACGUCAGGUGGUUACACCUGCUCCUGCACUGAGGGAUACUGGCUCAUUGGUGGACAGUGUCAGGAUAUUGAUGAAUGUCGCUAUGGUUACUGCCAACAGCUGUGUGCCAACGUCCCUGGCUCUUACUCCUGCUCCUGUAACCCCGGCUUUAUCCUCAAUCCGGACAGCAGGACCUGUCAUGAUGUGGACGAGUGUGAAGAAGAGCCUUGCAGUCACGGCUGCUUCAACACUUAUGGCUCCUUUAUGUGCAACUGUGACGAGGGGUUUGAGUUGGCGGCCGAUGGCACUACUUGCAUUGACUUGGAUGAGUGCAGCUUCUCUGAGUUUCUGUGUCAGCACCGCUGUGUGAACGUGCCCGGCUCCUUCUCCUGCAUCUGUCCGCCGGGAUAUUAUGUAUUCGAGGACGGCAGGAGCUGUGAAGAUAUCAAUGAAUGUGACACUGGUAACAACACCUGUACAACAGCACAAGUAUGUUUCAAUUUCCAGGGAGGCUACACAUGCCUGAAUUCUUUACAGUGUCCCUCACCUUACGUCGAAGUUAGUGACAAUCAGUGUAUGUGCUCAGCCGAGAACCCUGCCUGCAGGGACAAGCCCUUCACCAUCUUGUACCGACACAUGGACAUGUCGUCGGGACGCACUGUCCCUGCAGACAUCUUCCAGAUGCAGGCCACCACGCGCUACCCGGGCGCCUUCUACAUCUUCCAGAUAAAGUCGGGCAACGAUGGCCGAGAGUUUUACAUGAGGCAAACCAGUAACGUGAGCGCCACUCUGGUGUUGUCGCGGCCACUCAAGGGGCCGAGGGAGGUGGUGCUGGAUUUGGAGAUGGUCACCGUCAACCACGUCAUCAACUUCCGAGGCAGCUCCAUCAUUCGCCUGACGAUAUUUGUUUCGGAACACCCGUUCUAAGUUUCUCCUUCACGCCCACCCCCCACU